UGGUAGCCUCCAUUUCUUCUUUCUUUUCUUCACCCGCCCAAAUUCUUUGACCUUCUUCCUUUCAUUUCGAUUCACAGUCCCAUUUCGCAGAAAAACACAGAUAAAAAGAAACCCUAAACGUCGUCGUUCUCUCUUCCUCAGUCUCUCGCGUUCGGGACCUCGAUCCGCGUGAAUGUCCAGAGGCGCGUGGUGAUGGCGGGGAAGUCAGAAACGGUGUCGAUCCGCGUUCCUUACAAGAAUCUCCACGACGAUUCUUCCGCUCCCGAACUCGAACUCGAACUCGUAGAUGUUGACCACCGCGGCAAGCGGAUCCACGUAAACUCGCCGCCGUCAAUUCACUCGCCUUCGCCGCCAAGCAACAAAGCUUCCUUGGUCAAUCUCGUUCUCAGUUGCACCGUAGCCGCUGGCGUCCAAUUCGGUUGGGCCUUGCAGCUCUCUCUCUUAACGCCCUACAUUCAGACGUUGGGAAUAGGUCAUGCUUUUUCUUCUUUUAUCUGGCUUUGUGGCCCCAUUACAGGCCUUGUGGUUCAACCCUGCGUUGGUGUUUGGAGUGAUAAAUGUACAUCGAAGUUCGGCAGAAGGCGGCCGUUCAUUCUGGCAGGAUCUCUUAUGAUAGCUGUGGCUGUGAUAUUAAUCGGAUUUUCUGCAGACAUUGGAUAUGUAUUAGGUGAUACACACGAGCAUUGCAGAACAUUUAAAGGAACCCGAACAAGGGCUGCACUUGUAUUUAUUCUUGGGUUCUGGAUGCUGGACCUUGCUAACAACACGGUGCAGGGUCCUGCUCGAGCACUUUUGGCUGAUCUGUCUGGUCCUGAUCAACGUAAUAUGGCAAAUGCUAUAUUUUGCUCAUGGAUGGCAGCUGGGAACAUCCUAGGAUAUUCUUCUGGUGCUAGUGGAAAGUGGAACAAAUGGUUCCCUUUCUUGACCACAAGAGCUUGCUGCGAAGCCUGUGGCAAUCUUAAGGCAGCAUUUCUUGUGGCUGUGGUGUUUCUGGCAUUAUGCACAUCUGUCACCCUAUAUUUUGCUGAUGAGGUUCCACUUACUACUGCAAAGCAACAUCACCGGUUGUCAGAUUCUUCUCCUUUAUUGGAUGAACAACAAGAAAAUGGUGUUGAAUUUUCAAAAUCAAGACCUUUAUCUGUUAUGGGUGAAUCCAAUGACAAGAGAACUGAAGAUCACAAUGGGAAAGAGGCAGAGCUAAAUCAUAGGAAUUUCAAAGCUGGGGAAGAUGAUACUGAAAAUGUAAUGGAUGGGCCUGGAGCGGUAUUGGUAAACUUGUUGACAAGUUUAAGGCAUUUGCCUCCUGCUAUGCAUUCUGUCCUGAUCGUAAUGGCUCUCACUUGGUUGUCAUGGUUUCCCUUCUUUCUGUUUGACACGGAUUGGAUGGGGAGAGAAGUUUAUCAUGGUGAUCCAAAAGGGGGCACUUCUGAAAUAGAUCUUUACGAUCAAGGUGUUAGAGAAGGUGCAUUUGGUUUGCUAUUGAAUUCAGUUGUCCUUGGAAUUAGCUCUUUCUUCAUUGAACCAAUGUGUAAGUGGAUGGGCACGAAAUUGGUAUGGGCACUGAGCAAUUUUAUUGUCUUUGUCUGCAUGGCUGGCACUGCUAUCAUUAGUCUGAUUUCCACUAGAAAUCAUUCUGGAGGGAUAGAACAUGUAAUUGGAGCAAGUGUAGCAAUCAAGAUUGCUUCCUUGGUUGUUUUUGUUCUUCUUGGUUUUCCUCUUGCGAUUACCUAUAGUGUUCCCUUUGCUGUCACAGCAGAGUUGACUGCUGAUUCAGGAGGUGGCCAAGGAUUGGCCAUAGGAGUUCUAAAUCUUGCAAUUGUUGUUCCUCAGAUGAUUAUAUCCCUUGGUUGUGGUCCCUGGGAUGCUCUCUUUGGUGGUGGCAACAUUCCUGCCUUUGUUCUGGCCUCAUUUUGUGCUCUGGCUGGUGGUGUAAUUGCAACUCUCAAACUGCCAAAUCUAUCUAGCAAUUUCCAGUCAACAGGAUUUCAUGUGGGCUAGUCCUUCGGAGAUCUAUUCUGGCAAUAUUUGAUCUUGUACAUGUUCCUCUAAAAUCGAGAUUACACCCAAAAUAUGGAGAGCUUACACCACGAUUACUUGCUUUCCAAUCCACAGAAGGCGCAUGCCAUAUUCAAAUUCAUUCAUUUCCCCCCGCAUUAUGGGUGUCUGUAUUUUAUGUAACUUACUGAACAGUAGAAGAAAGCUUAGGGCAUAUAGUUACCGGUUUUGUAAUAUCUUAUGCAUUCACCUACGCCUUGUUGGGAUGAUAAGUGUAAUAUAGAGGGAAAAAAAUAAUGAAAUGAAAAGGAAUAGAAGAGAUAUUAAUGAACUGAAAA